AUGUUACUGACGUGGAUCUUCGCAGCUUCUUUCUUCGCUGUUGUUGCUGGAGGUGCACUUUUUUUUCUUAAUUUAUGGAGGGCUUUUUUGGAUAGUCGGAAAUCGAUGGAUGAAUUUUUUGAAAAGAUUAAACUUUCUAGAACUCAAAAAGUUAGCAUUGGAAAUUUUACGCAGAAAAAGAAGCUAAUAAAAAAUCGGUGAACCAUUUCAUUGCACUGAUUGAUAUUUCCAUAAUAUGAAAAGAAAGGUGGAGUAUAGCUGAUUCACGGCUGGAUUGAGCCAUCGAAAAAAGGGUCCUGACACGAUAAUGCACGAGAUAGCGCCUGUCUCGUGGAGGACACGCCCUCUGAGCGUCCCAAGCUGGCCGUGAAUCAGCUAUAUCUUAUGGCGGCAGAGGAAAAAAGAGCCCUUAUUAUCCAAGUACUUUAAGAUUUCAGAUACAUCGUCGUAUAUUUUCUGCGUAACUGCCGGGGGAACAUGGAUAGAUUCCACAACUGUUGUUUUUUUUCUUCUGGCAUUUGAAAUUAUUAUUUUUAGGCCAAGGGUUCGCCAACCUGCAAAGGAUACAACGCCCGUUUCGAAUCUAAAACUAAGGUAUUAUUCGAAUAACGGCCAUUCAACUGAAAGAAUCAUUUGAGAAAGAAGCUGAAGACGCGUGUGCCUACAAGGUUCCUUUUGACGUCGUCGGGGUACAAACUGGAUGGCCGACCCUCUGCGACUUUGGUAAAACUCCCAAAUUGCUGGCUCUCUCUCUCUCAUUCUUAACUAGGGCUGGAUUAUUGAGUGCGCCUGUCAGAAACUACCUCUGUUUUCGGAUUUUCCCAGUUCUCUCACUGAAAGCCGUUAGAAAGUUGACAUCAUAGACAAAAAAUUGUAAAGAAGUCUUCCCAAAUGCGGGAACCUUCGAACAUAGGCAAAGUUGGAAAAAUCUGGAAAAAGGCUCCAUAAAAAAGUUCCUUUUUUGCUGCUUUUUUGCGCCAUUCCCCCUUAUACACCAUUUAUGCUACCUCUCCCUUUUUUUCCAUCAUUUCUGGAGCCUUUAAAAAUCCCAGAUUGAAGGCUCGUUAGAGAAGACAUCGAGUAAAUUUAAUUUGCUAAAUUUUCCACAUUGCAAAUGGACAUGCUACUGAUAAUCGAUUGAAUGAUUCUAUAAAUUCAUGUGAUUAAUAUCCUUAUUUUGGCCUAACUAGUUGAAUGACUCUGCAAACUUAUUCUUGACCAAUAUACUUUCUGAGCAAAAAUAGAACAGGAGCUCUAAUACAAUUUAUUAAAAAAAAACCUAACUACAGGUCUUUUUUUUCUUGUUCCAGAAUCAUUGAAAGGCCUGGAGCAGAAUUAAUAUUCGUAAAAUGAAUCGAGUUGUUUGAAAUUCUAGAAGUGAGAGCGACGUGUCCCGAUGGAUAUAUCCAGCUCAACCACGAAUGCUUCCGAGCAACUUCCGUCUUGAUCUACCAACAUCAAGCCCGCGCGGCUUGCAAAAACUUGACUGGAGUGGAUGGAACCUUGUUGAAAUUGACUUCCAGUCGACUUCAACGGGACAUUUAUGGUUUGCAAGGGAUGGAAAGAAGUAAUCCGAAGAUUUUCAGCGGCUUUCACCAACCUGCACGGUCUUUGGCUGGACGUGGAUGGCAGAAGGAACAAGAAUGGAGAGUUGGAAUCGAGUUUGGACGUGCUGUACAAAUGGAAAAGGCCGCGAAACACGAUCAACACCGGUUUGAAUUCCAAAAAAAAAGAAGUGUCCCUUUCUGUACUGCAAAAGGCGAUCGACAGUGUCGAAGACUUGAAGUUUCAUUGUUUUUCAACCUUUUAAACGUUGUUAGGUCUAAAGCAGAACUGCUGACGGGGUGUCUCUUAGUUCGUGAAUAGGCUGGUCAGCAGCCCUGGGUUUGAGUAAUAUAGUCAAAAACUGAACUUCAUAUCGAUUCGGGGUCAUCGUCUUCGCGUUCAGGCGGUAGCAACGAAACGCACCAGCUGAUGGCCAUCACGCAGGCCGGCGUUUGGGAAGUCGGAGCCCACAGGAUUCUCUACGACGUGUCCAACUCGGUCAAGGCCAUGGCCAUCUGCAAGUUCAAACCGACGCCCAGUAUGAGAAGUAAAAUAUUCAUUUCUCUGUGCCUAGUCUUUCAAGUUAGGCUCAAAAGAUAAGCCGAAAAUGAGAGAAUUCCGCUAUCGCCUGUUCUAUUUUGGUAAACAAAAACGUUGCUUCGUGUUUGAAUGGCGUUGAACAAGUCUGCGCCGUGUGUUAACUGAAUCCCUUACCGUUUCUCCUUUCAAGUUGAAAUAAUUUUAUCGGAUCGCUAAGAUCGAAUAGAAGGAAUUCAUCAACAAGUUUUCAAACGUUUGCUCCCCUAGAUUAUUUCUCUGAUUGGCUCUUUUUUGAAUCUAAAAAAUAGGUGUUUCCAGUCAGUUAGAGACAUAAGCUGCAGUAAUCUCUACUUAAAGUGGUUUCUAUAUGUUUCUAUAAGGCUGUUUUUGGUUUAAAAAAAGAUUCAAACUGCCGACUCAGGCUUCGAAGAAACUAGCGACGUCCUUAAUUCUAUCGGCAUCGACAGCAAUGUGUACCACAAGAUGAUGCUCAUUUCGUUUCCUAGCAUGUUUAGGUUAUUCCGUUUUUCUUGUCUUCUUCUGAAUUGUACUUCAAUUUUUCCAGAUACGAAAGGGAUCCGCAAAACAAUGAUCAGAUAGUCCCGGAGGAACUUCACGAAAAAUGCAAAGUUUAUCAUUUUAAUUUCUCUCUCGGGGUUCAUGUUUCAAAAAAAUGCAACAAAAACUUGAAAAUUAUUGCUUUUAGAAACAUUCAAUUGGUUUAAAAAUUUGAAAAAAAUGUAAUAUAAAUGACCGAAGCUUUUUAUAGCUGACUCACGGCUGGCUUGAGCCAUCGAAAAAAGGGCCCUGACACGAUACUGCACGAGAUAGCGUCUGGCUCGUGGAGAGCGCAGACAGGACACGCCCCCUUAGCGUCCCAAGCUGACCGUGAAGUAGCUAUAACUUACAAAAUCACUCGAAGAGUCAGAACAUAUGCGGUCUUCUUUACAUUGAUCAAUGCUUAAAAGACCCGGAAAAUGAAGUGGGGGUUAUAGCCGAUUCACGACUAGCUGGGGAAGUUGAGGAGGCGUGGCCUGUCUGCGCUCUGCACGAGCCAGGCACUAUCUCGUCAUCGUGUCAGGGCCAUUUUUCGAUGACUCAAGCCAGCCGUGAAUUAUUUCUCACACGGAAAGUCAUUUUUCCUUGCGACUUGAAACUUUCUGAAGAUUUGCUUAAAUACUCUUCAACUAUCUGGAUGAAUAGUCCUUACCUGUGCAAACUUCUAGUUUUCGUAUUUUAUAAAUUCGCGUUUAUAUCAGAAUUAGACCACACAAGGAGGUCAUCCAUUUUUUUUUUUCGCGACUUGGAAUUUGUGCUCAAACAAAUUCUGAAGGUUUAUAUGAAGUUCCAUUGAAUUCGGAACCCGCGCCAGCUUUUAGUUUUUAAGAUAGUUAAUUUUGAAUUUCGAAAAGUUAGGCUUGAAACUUUUAUUUUGCAACUUUGAAAAAUCACAUCUCAAAAACUAGUAGUUUGUGUAAGUAUGAAGAAUCUUCAUCUAGACAUUCAGAAAAUGUUUUAGCGAGUUUGUAAAAAAAAAAUCAACAACUUGCCAUGUUAGUAUUUUUUGUUACCAUCGCUAUAAAAAUUAUGUUUUGUUAGAUUUUACAUUUUUAAAUUUUUUUUUAAGAUUUCAAAAGUCAUUCAAGAAUAAAAGCUUUUUUUUUCAAUGCGACGUAUGAUGUUCUAACAACAAGAAAAGAAGUAUUCAGAAACUGUGCGAGUCUUUCGGCAUGCCUUGUUACGCGGCCGUUCCGAACGCGAAAAAUGCCAAAGAUAUGUUGGAUUUCAUGAGAAAGAACGACAUCAAGUACGCCCUCACGCCGAUCCUCCGCUCCACUGUUCCGAGGUUCUUAUUAUUUGAAACUUGACCAAAAGGCUCUGAACGUCUAGUAGAUCCUUUUUUUCCAAAGCCAUAUGGAGAAUUUACGAGAAAGGCAAAUCAAUAAUAAACUCGGCCAAAGAUUUUGAGCGUCUAGAUGAUUCCAGAAACCUGUGCUAACAUUUACUAACUGGAAUAUUAAUUUUGUUGCGUGGCUUAAUUCUGGUGUUGAACCCGAACAUGAAAAGAAAUGUCCCGAAAAUUUUCCACUGGGAUUUAUCUGGGCCAUCGAAGAGUCUUGGAGAGAUUGGAGUGUUUUUUUCAGAAAAAUGCCAGAAUACUGAUUAGAAUAUCAAAAGCUCGAAAAAUUGUUUCGUGGAAUUAGGACAUCGGAGAGUCUUAAAGAAAAUUUAUGGAUAGUUCAAGGCCAAAGUGACCUUUCUUGUAGUGAUUUCUCAGUUAUAUGCCAGGAUGUUGAUAAUUUUUGGACUUAGAAGCAUUCGGAAUAAACUUUCCUUACUUCAGCGCAACUAGAGACUGCAGCCACAAUGGCGGCGGGGCUGCUCGGAGCCAGUUUUCCGGCAUCGACCCUUUGCAGGCGGUUUGUCUUCAUUAUUUAGAUAGGAGUAUGAACGGGAGGGGCCACUAACCAAACCCCUUAUAGGGACCACUUUUGCAAGCUUUAGUGGCUCCUAUCAGGGGAGGUAAAGUGGUCCCUAGAUGGAACUCUUCAAGGGCCCCUAUAAGGACCACUCCGAAGUUCCUAACUCAGUUACGCAAACCCAGGCUUGUGCGUCAGGUUAGGUGGCCCGGCCCGGAUUUUGGGCCUACAACUUUGAAAAAAAGCCUGCGUGGGCUCGAGCCAGUCCGGGCCUCGAAAGAAAUCUUAAAUUACAUUUUGAAAAAAAUUUCACUGAUAAAUUAUUUUUUUGGUGGUAUGAAAAAGACCAGCGACAAUUAAAACGGCGACUUUUUCCGAUUUUUCAUAUUGCUAGGGAACUUUCCGACGGCCACCUUUCCGACGAAUCUUUUUUUCCGACUUUUUUCUCGAUAAAAAAAUUUUUCGUUUUUAAAUUUCCCUAUAUAAAGUAGGUAGUUGGUUCAUGAAUAAAACACAAAAAAACAGGGAAAAAUUUUUAUAAUGUUUUAUAAACCGAAAAACAUGAGGGAAAAAGUCGGAAAGGGAUCCGUCGGAAAGUUCCCUAGCGAUACGAAAAAAUCGGAAAAGUCGCCGUAUGAAUUUUCGCUGGUGUUUUUUUCAUACCACCUUAUUUUUUUACAUGUUGAAUCAUAGUUUCUAAUAACUCUCUCAGAAUGAAUAAGCAGAAAUACCACUUUUUCUCGUAAAGCGAAAAUUCGACUUGAAAAGAAAUUGAGUUUUUGUGGGCCAGGCCGGCCAUUUGUGCCUCCCUAACGACGGCCCGGGCCGGGCUUGCGAAGUGGCCGGGGGCCGAGAGGUUGACGGACCGGCCCUCGCACAAGCCUGCGCAAACCGGACGCGCCACAGAAGUUUCUGAGCAUUUCUAGUGAGCCCUCUAGCGGCAGCACUGACUGAUUGAAAUACUCAGACAUUUCCGGGUUUUGAGCCUUAUUCUCAUCUUUUUUUCCACUAGCUUGGUUUUGAUUUAUUUCUGACAUUUUAGUUCAUGUUCGGAAGCUCUGUUUUCCGUAGCUUGGAAGCUGGGAACUGUUUAUCAUGAAUUAGUUUUUUACGAAAUUUUAAUCAAAAGUUUGUUUUGCUCCCACAAAAAUUUUUUCUUUUCAAUUUCCAGUUUUAUUUAAAUUCAUUGUUUCAGGACGACCCUCUUCCGGACAGCUAUUGGAAAAAAAGGGGACCCAGAGACGCUUGCUCGGCUACUCCGCGUGUCGGAGUUAUUUUUCCAUAGAGAGUAGGUUUUUGUUUCAUGAACGUAAAAAAAUUUAUAAAAAGCUUGAGAUUUUCGAAACUAGUAGUGAAUUUUUCAAAUCAUUUUUCAUUAUUUAUUUUUUUAGUCUGAUGUAAUCGACUAGGCGGUGAACAAGAACUUUAAAAGCUAUAACGAACAACCGCCUUUGUCGAGCUAGAAGUCCAAACGUGUAGUCGAAAGAGUUGAAAGAAAGGUCUUACGGUCCUUCGUCUCGUCCUUCUGCGCGUAAUCCAUCCAAUUGCGCCUUGACGAGUUCAGAAUAUAGCUGAUGUUGUGCUUGAGCAGGGAGACCGUGCUCCAGAUGGAAGCCUCAGAAUGAGAGCGACCACUUCGAGUGAAGAUAGCCUAAGCCUAAGCCUUUCCACAAAAAGUCUUGAAACGAAUGAAGUUUUCUCAAUUAUAUUGCUAAAAAAAUCUUCUAUUGAUUUCAUUCCUGUUUAGGAAUCCAGUUUCAAUCCUAACGGGUUCCAAAAGUUAACGGUAGUUGAAGGAUUAUAUUCCAAAUACUACGAAACGAUCACAUAGCUUAUAGCUGUUUGCCCUUAUGGUCUGAACUUUAAAUUCGGCGUAUACGUGAUCUAUCAGAUCGCGUGAGCCGAUCUCGCGAGCUUUGCGUAGUGAGACUCAUUCCCAGCUGUUCAAAGCUCUUCGGUCGACGCGACUGAUCAUCAGAUCGGUCGGGGUCCUGUCGGAGUCAGACAGGAUCCUGGUGAGAACCAGGAGAUCUCGUUCACCUGGUUCGAACCGAAAAUCGGAUCCAACAUGGAACCGAGGUCAGAGGCCCUGUGAUACACAACCCACAGGGACCGCGCUUAAACCAACGGAGACUGAUAUCCGUAAAUUAAGCGAAAGUGGAUCCGUGAAGGAACCAAGGCCCGGGGUCUCACUGACAGUCAGAGUCACUACCCGGACCAGAGCAACAAGAAACUGUUGAUCCCAAAUAGGACCAAUCCUGGAACUCCGAAGUAAAUUUCGUCGAGAUCCGGGUCCUCGGGAACGAAUCAGGCAAGGACAAAGAAGUUUGUCAACCUGAGGAAAAACCAGUUGAGGUUUCCAGUAACAAACUGAAGCCGUUGGUUAUGCCUAUAUCAGACACGAGGCGAUUGGCGAACAGGAAGUGCAAUCCUGAACUAGCCAGAUGCAUGUCACCUUGA